AUGGCGUUCUUGCUCUUAUUCGCUGCAUUCGUGUUAGCCCAAGCGGAUCAUGUCGUCGGCCAGCCGCCGGGCUUCCUAAGCAUCGACUGCGGCCUGGACCCUGACUACAGCGGCUACACGGACAAGUUCACCGGCGUCGUCUACGUCUCCGACGGCCCCUACGUGGACGCCGGCGAGAACCGGGUGGUGGCCGUCGAGCCAAAGGCCGGGGCCUGGAGAACCCGCCACCGGACGCUCAGGAGCUUCCCGUCCGGCGUGCGCAACUGCUACGCGCUGCCCACGGUGGCCGGGACCAAGUACCUGCUCCGGGGGGAGUUCUUCUACGGCAACUACGACGGCCGGAACAGCUCGACGGUGGAGUUCAACCUGCACCUGGGGCCCAACAGCUGGGACACCGUCACCGCGAACGCCGACGACGACAUCGGCGUCACGUACGAAGCCCUGUUCGUGGCGUGGGCGAGCUGGGCGCCGGCGUGCCUGGUGAACACCGGCCGCGGCACGCCGUUCGUGUCCGUACUCGAGCUCCGGCCGCUCGCUGCGUCGCUCUACCCGCCCGUCGCGCCCGGCCGGUCCAUGUCCAUGUACAACCGCCGGAACGUGGGGGCCAAUGGUACCUUUGUUCGGUAUCCCGAUGAUCCGUAUGACCGUUAUUGGUGGGCGUACGAUUUGUCAGGCCCACAGUGGGCGAACCUGUCAACCACGAGGACGAUCCAGCCGGACCCUAGCUUCGUGGAGCCCUUGCCCGUUCUCCAAACGGCUGUAACAUUGGCCAACAAUUCCACUACCUUCAACUACACAUGGCCAGAAUAUAGGGCGGCCGACUCCUUGAUGUUGUUCCUGCACUUCGCCGACUUCCAGAGCACCCAGCUCCGGGAGUUUGACAUCUACUUCAAUGGCAACCGGCUACGGCAGAGUGGAAAACUGUUCAGCCCACCGUACCUGUCCGGGUCGUGCGUGUAUAGCCCUGUAUGGUACAAGCCUGUUGACAACAAGUACAACAUCACUCUUGUCGGGGCUGAGACAUCCGUGCUGCCCCCAAUGCUAAAUGCAUUCGAGAUCUACAAGCAGAUCUCAAAUGACAAUCCGACGACGUUGCCUGAAGACUUUGAUGCCAUCAUGGCAAUCAAACUCGAGUAUGGAGUGAAGAAAAACUGGAUGGGCGAUCCAUGUUCACCAACCAAGUAUGCUUGGGAAGGCGUGACAUGCAUCAAUACAAGUGAUAACACUACGAGAAUAACAUCACUAGAUCUCUCCAACAGCCACUUACGUGGUGUAAUUUCUGACAAGUUUGCACUUCUCACGGCGCUCCAGAAUUUGGAUUUGUCUUAUAACAACUUAAGUGGGCCGAUACCUGAUUCCCUACCAAGUUUACCCUCACUUCACGUUCUAAAUGUGUCUGGUAACCAUCUCAGUGGAGACUUCCUGUGCAAAAACCAUGCCGGAUCUCUUGUUUUCAGAUACGAGUCUGAUGGACAUAUCUGCAACAAUACAAUAAAACGUUCAAGAAACAGAGCAGCUAUCAUAGCUAUUUCAGUAGUGGUUUCUGUUCUGGCAGUAGUUGUACUUCUUGCAUGUCUGAUCUGGCGAGAGAAUAGAAAGCCUAAUGUUUCCACACAGGGUCCUGCGAAAGAACCACAACCUGAGAAGGCACAGGGAAAUGGAGAAAGCCAAGGAGAUUACCUGCAAAAUACUGAAAAUCGCCAGUUCAUGUACAAGGAGCUGGAGAAGUUCACUAAUAAUUUCAAACAUUUCAUUGGACAAGGAGGUUUUGGGCCAGUGUACUAUGGCCGUUUAGAAAAUGGUAAAGAGGUUGCUGUCAAGUUGCGCUCUGAGUCAUCAUCACACGGCCUUGAUGAAUUUUUAGCUGAGGUUCGGAGCUUAACAAUGGUGCAUCAUAGGAAUCUAGUGUCUUUAGUUGGUUACUGCUGGGAAAGUGAUCAUUUAGCACUGGUUUACGAUUACAUGCCUCAAGGCAAUCUUUGUGAUCAUCUAAGAGGUAAAAACGGUGUUGCUGAAAUCAUGAAUUGGGGAACGCGUGUACGAAUAGCACUUGAAGCUGCACAAGGCCUGGACUAUCUCCACAAAGGAUGUAACCUUCCGAUAAUUCAUCGAGAUGUGAAGAGUAGCAAUAUUCUAUUGGGUCAAAAUCUGCAGGCUAAAAUAGCAGAUUUUGGGCUUUGCAAAACCUAUCUUAGUGAUUCUCAGACUCACAUAUCAGCCACUGCAGCUGGCACAGCAGGUUACAUCGACCCCGAGUACUACCAAACUGGAAGGCUCACAGAGAGCAGUGAUGUGUACAGCUUCGGAGUUGUUCUACUAGAGGUAGCCACCGGUGAGCCGCCAAUUGUGCCAGGCCAUGGCCACAUCGUUCAGCGUGUUAAGCAGCUGAUCGCUACUGGUGACGUCAGUUUGAUUGCCGACGGGCGGCUUGGAGGUGCCUACGAUGUCAGUUCCAUGUGGAAGGUGGUCGACAUUGCCAUGAUGUGCGUUGUGGAUGCUGCUGCUCAGAGGCCAACAAUGGCCACGGUUGUCGCGCAGCUGAAGGAAAGCCUGGCGUUGGAGGAAGCUCGUGAGAGGGAGUACAGUAGUAACAAUAGAGCAAGCCCAGGGAGUGAUAUAGCAUCUUUGGUGUCCACAUUCGGUCCAGUGGCGAGAUGAAUUGAAGUUGCGUCCUGUAUAUUUCCCUGUUCUUUUUUUACUAUAUCACAUCCGAUCCACACCCGGUCAAUACCGAACCUUGAGUGGUAUAUAUUAUUCGUAAACUAUCUGAC